CUUACUUUUUCAACUUAUUGGCAUCCUCAUCAAAGCACUUCCAUGUGUGGUUCUUGCAAGUGAUGAGACAAUUGCUUUGUCACAUGCUCAGAAACUACUUUCUCUAGUCUAUUAUGCAGGUCCGGACCUUUUAGUAAAUUACCUUCAGUCUCCUCAGCCGAAGAAAGAACCGGAUGAUCUUGAGGGCAUAGCGGAUGCAGCGCCGGAUGCCUUGCCAAAGGUGAAGGCGAACAAGAAGGAGAAGAAGCGGAAGCGCAAGGAUAAGGACUCUUCUGUGGAGGGGUUCAGUGUGUUCAAGAGUUCCGAGUCUUUGUCCUCUAUUCUAGAAAGAAAUGCUUUGGAGGUUACUUCUGCUGAGAUGAAGAAGGAUGUGGAAAAGGAGAUUGAGAAAGCUUCUAUUCUGCGUAAGAAGUAUGGAAUUCACAUUUCAAGACAUGUUGUUCCUCCCCCGCUUGAGAGUUUUGGAGAGCUAAGCUCAAGGUAUAACUGCAAACCAUAUACUUUGCGUAACUUUUCUGAACUUGGUUUUCAAGAGCCUACACCUAUUCAGAGGCAGGCUAUUCCAGUACUCCUUUCUAAGAGGGACUGCUUUGCAUGUGCACCAACUGGUUCUGGCAAGACAUUGGCGUUUUUAUGUCCAAUGCUCAUGAAGAUUAAGCCAGGGUUAAAGAAUGGUGUACCAGCUGUUGUUCUCUGCCCUACUAGAGAAUUACGGGGAGGAAAUUUUACAUCAGGUUAAUGACUAAGGAGCUCUCCAGAUUUGGUGAUUUUGAAAAAUUGCCAUGAUAUAAUCAUAUAAUCUCCAGAGUUGGACUUUGCUAUUUGCAAAAGGAAGCUUGACUUGAGUCGGUAUGAACUAAAAAAACUUUGUAUGUCCUGUUUAUAGUAAAUUCAUUCCGCACUUUUUUAUGCUAUGAACUAGCAAAUAUCAAAAAUUGGAACAUAAAAGAUAUGCAUAGUUCUCUUGGUUUGUUGUGUUUCAAAUCACAUAAAUUAGAGUCUGCUCUUCUUCUGGGCCUAUUAAAAUUGAUUAUGAAGCUCAGAUCACAACCAGAUUUUGUUGGUGAGAAAUAUUAAUGUAAUUAUAUGUUUCUUGUCAUCAUGCCAACACCACCUUUUUGAA